AUGGAAAAUCGUUUAGAAAAAAAUGUCAACAAAUUGAUUGAACGAUACAAAAAAACCAGCCAGUAAAUCGACUAGAUGAUCCAGCCAGAGCAAAUCAUAUCUCAGCCAAUUACUCUGUAUCAAACUAGAUCUCGACAAAGCAGAACCAAUUUCAAUGAUGAGUAAAUUCCAAUCUUUACAGAAUAGGGAGAGUUCUUCAAGGGAAAAAAAGAAUCACUCUAUUGAACAGAUUAGUAGACUAAGGGAAACCCUAAAUGCUAAAGAAUUGCAAGAAAAGGAAAAAUAAGAAAGAUUGAGAAUUUUGAAUAAAGAAUUAAAAGUAAGGAUCCUUUCUAUAAUUUAGAUGACUCUUAAGGAUUAUAUGCAAGCAAAUAAGGAUUUGGAAGUUAAAGUGAAUCAAAGAGAAAAGCACAUUAAAUAAUUAGAAUUUGAAUUAAAAUCUAUUUAAGAUUCUUUUGCCAAAGUAGAAAAUAAUGUUAGGGAGAAUAGACAAAAGUGCGAAGGUUAAGAAAAACUGAUUGAGGAAUUAUAAUAACAAUGUCAUGUCUCUCAUCAGAAAUUGAAAGGGAAGAAAGAUAAAAUAUAAUUGUUAAAAGAAUAGUUAAAGUAAUAAGAAACCCAAUUCGAUGAGCAAGGAUAAAAUUUUGGUAAAGAAUUAGAACGAGUGUAAAGACUUUGUGAGGAUUUUUCAACUGAAAUGUAUAAAUUAAUUUAAUAGUCGUUAGUAAAAACUAAGAAGCUUAAAAUAGGGAAUUAGAAGAUGAAAAAGUACAAAUACUAGAUGAAAUCUAAUAAAAAGAAGCUUAAAUCAGAUAUUUUGAUUAGCUAUUGCAGGAUUUUCAAUUCAGAGAUGAAGAUAACUUAAAAUAAAUAGACUUUUUAACCUAAGAGUUGCAAUAUUAAAAAGCUCAAACUUAGUAAUAUAUCAUAAAAUUUGAAGAAUGCCAAACAAAACUACAGUAAGUAACUGAAAAUACUUAAACAACACUAUUAAAUAAUGAGUAAGAAUCUAAAAAAUAACAAGACUAAUUUUAAGAUAUAAUAUUUAAAAAAAAAAAAAAAAUCAACGAACAAAAACUUAAGAUUGAGUAACUCUAAUAGAAUAUCUCUGAUUUAUAAAGGAAAAUAGACAAUGAUGACAAAAAUAGAUAAAUCCAAGAAUAUGAUCUGAAAAAAUUAUAGUAAAUUAAUAAUGAACUCAAACAGAUUAAUGAUUAACAAACUUAAAAAUUAUACCAUAAUGAAGAGAAAAUUUAAUAAUAACUUCUAGAAUUAUCAGAAUAAAAACAAAUUAAUUCAAAUUUAAUAAGCCAAUUUAAAUAAAUGGAAUAAAAAUCUGACUAAGCCGAAAUAAUUAUUGAACAAGUACUAUUAUUUUAUUAUCAUUAGCUUAAAGAUGAUAUUCAAAACUUAUCAGAUUCACUUAUUUAAGUCUAAAAUUACAAUAGAAAUCUUGAAUAAGAGCAUCUUGAUCGUAAAUUAUAACAUGAAAAAUAAAUGGAUGAAAUAGAGAAGAAAAUUGAUAAUUUAGUUGAAUCUGCUGCGAAUGCUAAAGAUGAACUUAAAGAAUCUAAAUAGAGAGAGAAUGAACUUAAAUAGAAAUUGAAGUCGUAGGAAUUAGAGACAGAUAAGUAAUAACAAAAGUGUCAGAAAUACAAAUUGCAAUUAGAAAGUCUAAGACAAACUAUAAAGAAUGUAAGAAGAUUUUACAUAUUUAGUUGGAAGAUAAAUUUAAAUAGUAUGAUUGCUAGGCAUAAUAAAUUUAAAUUUAAUCUCAAAAAUAGGAAGAAAUGUAGAAUUAAUAAAAAUUAAAAGUUUUAGAAGAUAUUUAAUCGUUAAUAAAAUUACAUAGAAAAAUAUGA